AUGACCGAGACGCUAACCAAUGUGACAGAUUACAUUGAAUUCUUGCUCAUGGGAUACCCAGAUGGCCAAGUGCUGCAGACACUGUGUGUCACCCUUUUCUUCUUGAUUUACCUAGGAGCACUAGUGGGAAACUUCCUCAUUAUCACUCUCAUCACUAUAGCUCAGCAUCUCCAGACCCCUAUGUAUUUUUUUCUGAAGAAUUUGUCCCUGAUUGAUAUAUGUUAUAUUUCUGUCACAGUUCCCAAAUCCAUCACAAACUAUGUGACUAACACACAUUCUAUCUCCUUUGUGGGAUGUGUUUUACAGGUUUUCUUUGUUACAUUUUUGGCAGGAACUGAGUUUGCCCUGCUUUUGGUGAUGUCCCAUGACCGCUAUGCUGCCAUUUGCUUCCCUCUACACUAUGAAGCUAUCAUGAACAGAGAUGCAUGUGUUCGGAUGGUGGUGGCAGCAUGGCUCAGUGGGUGUAUCUAUGGGUCCCUCCAUGCCACCGGAACAUUCUCUGUCCAUUUCUGUGGUCCAAAUGUAGUGCAUCAAUUUUUCUGUGAUAUUCCAUCACUUCUCAGACUUACUUGUUUUGGAGACCAAAUUCUAGAAUAUGUGUUUAUCAUUAUUAGCUGUUGUUUCACUUUCAUAUGUUUUAUAUUGAUGGUUAUUUCCUAUGUUCACAUUUUCACUAUCAUCCUAAGAAUUCCUUCUAUACAAGGGAGGUUUAAAAUUUUCUCCACCUGCAUACCCCAUCUUACUGUGGUGACCUUAUUUCUCUUUUCUGCAUUUGUUGCAUAUUUAGGCUCAACAGCAAAAUUUCCAUCAUCACUGAACCUCUUAAUGUCAGGGUUCUAUUCUCUUUUACCACCAAGUCUGAAUCCUGUGAUUUAUAGUUUGAGAAAUUCGGAUGUAAAAAUGGCCCUGUGCAACAUUCUUGGUGAUAAAAUGCCACAAGUCUCUAAAUCUUCAAAAUAUUAG